AGAGGACGCAGACCUGAGAGAGGACGGGAAGGGGAGAGAUGUUAGGACACUGAUCGUUGUACUUUGUACCUUUUAUACAAUUUUAGCUCAAAGUCAGACCGCUAUUUCAUUUUUAAUGGACACUGGAAACUACGUAGCUAAACUAAAUGAAUAUGCGCAGAGGACCCGCUCUGCUCUGCGCUAUGAAGACCUGGGCUCUGUCGGACAGGACCAUAACCAGACAUUCACCCAGAGGGCAGUUCUUAACGGGAAAGCGUAUCCUCAUGGAGUAGGGAGGAACAAGAAGGAAGCCAGGUAUAAUGCUGCAAAAAAUGCCCUGAACUGCUUGUUGGAGAACAAACUCCAGGACUCAGUUGAAUCGACAAAUGGAGCAGAAGCUUCCACCACAUCACUUAGUGAGACAAGUAUCAGUAACAUCAACUACAUAUGCUGGCUCAAUGAAUAUGGUCAGAAGAACAGGGUGUCUGUAAAGCCUCUGGAGUCAACCAGACCGGGACCAAACAACACUGUUCCAUCAUGCAGCUUUGUGGUUGAUGGUAAGAACUACCCAGCUGUCUCUGGGAAAACAAAGAGAGCAGCCAAGGAGGAAGCAGCCAGGCUUGUAUAUGAUAUGAUACAUGGCAGUAAAACAGAGGCAGCAGAUGAGAACUGUACACCUGCUCAAACACAUGAGGAAUUAAACCAAACCGUUUUUGAUGAGUUCUGUGGUAAGAUGGAAGACCUGACUGUGAACUCCAGAGACAACAGCUUUAUGGAGACAAAUUUCAUAGGAAUUGUCAACCACUACUGUCAGAAAACACAGCGCAGCCAUACGUUCAUCGAAGACAGGCGAUGUGGCCCACCUCAUAACCUUCAAUUUUUCUACAAAUUAAAAAUCGACAACAAGGAAUACCCUGUGGGUGAGGGAAAGAGUGUGAAGGAAGCCAGACAAAAUGCAGCUCAGCUGGCCUGGUCUGCUCUUCAAGAACAGUCCGACUGGGACAGCAAGGUGUCUGUCAGGUCCACAACAUCUGAAGAUGGUGCAUCAUCUACGUCGGCGGCAUCAACUUCAUUGUACUGCAGUGAAUCCUCAUCACAAAACGUGCCAAUGAGCACAACCGACUCCAUAAUAUUUGCAGAUGUACCCACGGCUUCCAAGGCUCAGGUGAAACAAAGGAGUAUGUCACAGCCACCCUUACUAGGGUUUAGUGAGCCACAAAGCAUGGAAACAGGUAUAAGUGGCUCGACAUGGCCCCCAGAGUCAUCAAACCCCACCAAAGAUCAGGUUGUUGUUGAAAGAAAUACAUCAACUCAGUCCAGAUUUACAUCAGAAUUUGAUUCCAUUGAGCGACUUGGCAAAGGAGGCUUUGGUCGUGUUUAUAAAGCAAGAGAAAAACUGCUGGACAAGUUUUAUGCCAUCAAGGUUGUCUGUGGUAAAAAAAGAGCUCUGCGAGAGGUGUUGGCAUUAUCAGAGCUUCAUCACCGUAACAUUGUUCGAUACUACCAUUGUUGGAUGGAGGAUUCAGAAUACAAACCGGACAGUGCAGAGGACAGUAGCAGCACCUCUGAGUCUACCAGUAAUUCAUUGUCACAGUACCUUUACAUUAAGAUGGAAUUAUGUGACACUACACUUAAAGAAUGGAUAAGUGAGAGGAAUAGCUUAACUCUGCAAGACCCCAAGAGAAGAGAAGAGAGUCUAACCAUUGCUCAACAAGUGGUCAAUGGAGUCGAGUACAUUCACUCCAGAAAGCUCAUCCACAGGGACCUUAAGCCUGCCAACAUCAUGUUUGGACAGGAUAGGGGAGUGAAGAUUGGGGACUUUGGUCUGGUCACUGCUGAGGCUGAUGACGAUGACGAAAACCCGAUCGAAAGGACCAACAGAACAGGAACCCAAUCUUACAUGGCUCCUGAACAAAAGAGUAAGAGGAACUAUGACCGAAAAGUGGACAUAUUUGCACUGGGGCUGAUAUACUUUGAGCUCCUCUGGAAACUCUCUACGGUCUAUGAAAAAUGUGCGAUUUGGACAGAUGUCAGGAGUCAGAAGUUUCCCAACCAGUUUUCAAUGACUUUUUCUCCAGAGAACAAAAUAAUGAAGUCAAUGCUGUGUGCAAACCCAGAACAGCGACCUGAAGCAAGCACAGUGAAGGCAGGUCUGCAAGAGUGGGCCAAGAUACUCAACACACAAAAAAACAUGCAUCAGCAAAAUGUAACUGUCUGAUAUUCACAACAGCUUGUGAUAAAUCACAGGAGAUUAUGGAAAUCUGUCUCUUCUGAUCGGUCUGUGAUCUGAUGAUAUGAUAUACUGUUACGUUAAAUGAUUUGGUUGGAAAAUGGUUAAUUACUGCACUUGUAUAGCACUUUAACCUGAGAUCCAUAAGCAAACAAAGUACUUCACAAGGCUUCACAUUCAACUAUCUCUCUUUCACACACACACACACACACUCACACACACACACACAUACAAAUGGCAGUGUUUGGAUUUGGGGCCUUGUGUUUGUGGUUUAGCCGACAGGAGCAUGAUGGAAACAUAAUCAACUGUAUCAUGAUUUUAAUACUUAACUUUUACAUUAAUUCACAUUCUUAUUCUAACCAAUCAUGUGGCUGGUUAUUUCUCAGUCAAUAUCUGACGUUUCAUUCAGUGCUGGAAAUGUAUUCUGUGGUGUGUAAAUGUAUUUUGAGUGAUAUCACACGACAGCCUUUGCCUUGUAUUGAAAGAUGUUAAAGUGGAAAAUAAAAUAAUGGUCAUUGAGGGCGAAAAUGGUGAUUUAUUUAUGGUUUUACUUUGUUUGCAGAGCAUUGUAGUACACUGUCAGUACAUCAGUCUGUCUUCCUUUGCUAGCAAAGUGUGUGUGUGUGACUGUGUGUGUUCUUUUAUUAAGUCUCCCUAGCUAAACCAUUGCAGUUUAUGCAGUCUAAUCCAACAGCCCUGCAAUAAAAAAUAAAUAAUAAAUUCCACCUUGAUGACGGUAA